AUGAGAGUCUUGCAAAACGCUACGGAAAUUCAAAACGUAGUGGAUGCGGGCAGAACCGCUGAGGAUGCGAAGAAGAAGAGAUUUUGGGCCUUUUUCGCAUCAACCCCUUCCGAGAAUGAGGUUUGCGUGGCAACCAUUCCGGUGAUAUCGAGAGAUGACCGGGAAGAGCAGGAGAUGAGAUCCUUUUUCCAAAGGCAUAAUUCCUACGACAAUUUCUUCGCCGAGGACACCGCAGCCUUGUUGAACACUUGGACAACAGAGCUUCAUUUGUCAUUUUACACCCUGCUGCACGACGACCGACCUGGUGCUCCCCCUUCAGAGGACACGUUGGAGGCCGAAACUUUCCACUUCACGACAUUGAGUGGGGUUGAGGCACCAAGAUACCUUCGCAAGUUUGCCGCAGGCUUUCGAUUGAAGGGCGACUUCUUUGAUCGGUACUGGACAUGCAAUUUCUUGGAAGCCAACCCAUCGCGGGCAGACGACUAUCCUUGGAAGGAAGGAGUACAAGAGGAAGUGCAGAGAGAAGUGCAGGCUUUGCUGGAAAGGCAGUUCGAGGGCGGUAGAAUCACUGAAGUGGAAAAGAACUCUUGGCAGCAGAGAAGAAUUCUGGAGCUCAUCUUGUUCGAACGGAUCAUGCAGAGGAUGAACGAGAGUACGAGAGGAAUCCUCGAAUGGGCAACAUCUGUCUUGAUGGGGACGAGGAAGCGCCUGCAAAAGACGCUGAGGCCGACUAAGGGGACCAAGGCCACUCGGCCGCAUUACAAAGACCUGCUCGACACAAUCAAGGAGUUUCGGGAGUUUCAGAAAGCCAUUCGAAGGAUGGGAAGGCACUAUGCGGAGGCCCUUGCGAACAUCGAUCGUUGGCGCGACCGAGAAAAGGGUCGCGAAUUGGAAAGGCCUCGAUGGACUUUCAACGACGAAAGUCGAUACCGAGUCAUCAUUCUGAAAUUGCUAGCAUCGAACGAUGACAGCAUUCAAACUCUGCGGAGAAAUCAAGACAAAAUCACAAAUCUUAUCGAGAUGGAGCUGGACUUGAUGCGGGGUGACUUGGAGUUUAUGCGAAGCGAACUGAAUCAAACACAGGACGAAAAUAUCAAGUUGUUCACCGUGAUUACCACAAUCUUCGUUCCGCUGGGUUUCGCUGCCAGCAUCUUCAGCAUGGACAAAGCACCAGAAACCACCACCCUGUAUUACAUGUUGGCCACCGCAGCGGGGCAUUUGUUUUCACAGGAGCGAUGCUUUGGGUGA